AUGAAUUUGGAUCCAAACUUUGCUUUUGAUCCAUCAAGGAUGGCUGCUCCAGCUGCUGCAAUGGAUCCCUCUGCUAAUACUACUAGCCAAGGUGACAGUUUUCACUCACUUUCAUCCUAUUUAUCUGCAUCUGCUGAGAAUUCUGAUACUUCUGUCCCCAAUGAUGAUUCUGUAUUUUACCUGCCCUCUUCGUUUUAUGAAAUUCCUGAAACUCUCCCUACUGGAAAUCUUUUAGAUGGGCCCUUUUAUGUUCUUGAUUUUGUGAUCCCUACUAUUCCUGACUACCCUUACCCAUAUUAUGUCAGUGACUCUGAAAAUCAUAGUUUUCAUAGCCCUGUUAGAGUAGUUCGUAGAACUAGGAUCAAUACAGGUGCUGCUUCUACUUGUUCUGGAAGCUCCUCAAGGUCUGGUAACUUGAAAAGCCCUGAACCUUCGGAAACCUCUGAGACCUUUGUCAGCAGUAGGAAAAGAAGCUCUGAUGAUUUUGAGGCCAGUUUGACCCGACCAGGCAAGAGAAAAAUUAGUCAUGCUGCUGAGAUAGAGGUGGAAGCUUUAUUCCAGGAUUUGGAAGUUGCAUGGAUGUUGCCAGAAAUGGAGGCAAUGGAGGUUAACUUGGAGAUUGCUCCUGCUGCCCAUAUGCAAGAUAUGUCACUACUGGUUGGCCCUUCUCAAGGACAAUGCCGACUGUCUGCUAAUGAUGUUGCAGUGAAUUCUCUCUAG